AUGGCCAACGACGAAUACGACUUCCUCUUCAAGGUCGUCCUGAUAGGCGACAGCGGCGUCGGCAAGUCCAACCUGCUCUCGCGAUUCACCCGCAACGAAUUCAACCUCGACAGCAAGUCCACCAUCGGCGUCGAAUUCGCGACCCGCAGCAUCCAGGUCGACAGCAAGACGAUCAAGGCGCAGAUCUGGGAUACCGCAGGACAAGAGCGCUACCGCGCCAUCACCUCCGCAUACUACCGUGGUGCGGUCGGUGCGCUGCUGGUCUACGACAUCUCGAAGCAUCAGACGUAUGAGAAUGUGACGCGGUGGCUGAAGGAGCUGCGGGAUCAUGCGGACACGAAUAUUGUGAUUAUGCUGGUGGGCAACAAGAGCGAUUUGAGGCAUCUGCGGGCGGUGCCGACGGAGGAGGCCAAGGAGUUUUCUAGUCAGAAUGGGCUGAGCUUCAUUGAGACGUCGGCGCUUGAUGCGAGCAAUGUGGAGUUGGCGUUCCAGAAUGAAUUGACGGAAAUCUACCGAAUCGUAUCCUCAAAAGCGCUCGACCAAGGCGAAGCCACCAACGCCCCAGCACCCGGCCAAUCAGUGCCUCUCGGGCCUUCCAACCCACCAGGCGAUGCGAAGAAGGGCCAGUGCUGUUAA